AUGAGCGCCGUCGACCACCGGAAGGAAAAUGUCGAAGACCCGACGAAUCGUUUGGAACAAUACGCGAGCUUAUGCCGGGAUGAACUCGAAGCGCACGGAGGGAAACUGCCCUCGGUGGAAAUUAAGUGCGAUUUUGAUUACACGUUACACUUACCGGCGAAUAAAAUCGACCGGUCGAUAAAAACCGUCCCCGGGGUGCUCACGGACGUGGCGAUGAAAAUUCCGAAUAAAGUGAGAGAGAAAAUCAGCGGGAAGGAAAACGACGCGACGAAGAUGGAACCGUUUCGGGUUUUGAAAGACGUGGACUGUUGCUUUAAAGCGGGGUCGUUGACGUUGGUAUUGGCGCCUCCUGGACACGGGAAGACGAGUUUGUUGAAAGCGGUCGGGCAGAUUUUACCGAGCGCGGUUUUGAGCGGCGGGAAAGGCGUCACGUAUUCGAAGAUGACGGCGGAGGAGUUGAAGGAGAAGGAUAUCGACGCCAAUAGGAUGGCAAUGUACGUGACGCAACAGGACGAACAUUUACCGUUUUUGACGGUGAGAGAGACGACGAAGUUUUCACACGAAAACGCGACGCCAACGCCGACGAAUGAGAGAGAGGAAGACGUGCACUCGAGGAAGAUUGAUAGCGUGCAUCGAUUGUUGUCGUUGGAGAACUGUUUGGAUACAAUCAUCGGGAACGAUUUAGUGAGAGGCGUUUCUGGAGGGGAGAAAAAACGCGUCACGAUUGGCGAAGCUAUGGUAACGAACGCGCGAGUGUUUUGUAUGGAUGAGAUAUCGACGGGAUUGGACGCCGCGGUGACGCAUAACAUCAUCGCCGCUUUGAGAGAGUGGACGAGAAUCACCAACGGGACGGUUAUCGUUUCGCUCUUGCAGCCGACGCCGGAGGUGUACGAACUUUUCGACGACGUCUUGUGUUUGCGAGACGGAACUCCGGUGUAUCACGGUGACGUGGAUAAAGUGGUCGAUCAUUUUUGUGGUCUCGGCUUUGACAGCGAGAACGCGAAGAAAGGCGACGUGGCAGAUUGGUUGUUGAGCGUUUUGGUGGAUCCGUUGGCGCAUUCCAAAACGGGCGCGUCGAACCAGUUUGCCUCUGGCGACGGGUUAAGGAAAGGAUGGGUCGAAAACUCGAACGGAUUAUAUAAAAAGAGCAUCGGAGAGACCGAUUGCGUGGACAAAUCGGACGGGAAGAACAUGAUUGAUUUGCGAACGCCCUUCGCCAAGGCGCAAUAUUCCACCGCCUACCCGAAAGCGUGGCCGAGUAUGUAUAAAUCCGUCAUCAAGAGACAAUUUCAAAUCACGCUUAGAAAUAAAGUCUUUUUAUCGGCAAGAAUGUUUGGUGCGUUGAUCACGUCCGUCGUUCUCGGUUCUGUUUGGUUUGAUUUGCCCUUGGAUAGAGGUUUCGAGCGUUUAGGCAUGCUCCUGUUUUGCGUCUUGCACAUUUCCUUUAGCAAUUUUUCCGAGUUGACGUUUAGCGUCGAACAGAAAUACGUGGCGUAUAAACAACUCGAUUACAAGUUGUUCCCAACGUUUGCGUACAUCGUGUCUUCUAUUGCCACGCAGUUACCGAUCGCGGUGUUAGAGACGGCAAUAUUUAGUUGCAUUUUAUACCCGAUGGUUGGUUUGUCCAUGGAAUUUGAAAACUGGUUGGUGUUCUUCAUCAAUUUAACGUGCGCGAACGUUGCGAUGGCGAGUUUCUUCAGAGUCGUCGCUCUUCUUGCGCCAAACAUGGAAGCGGCACAAACUUUUCCUGGCCCCGUUAUCGCGAUUAUGGUCAUCUUUGCGGGCUUUUUAAUCUCCCCGGAGAAGAUGGGCGUGUUGCACUUCCUUUAUUGGAUUUCUUUGUUCGCGUACUCGUUGAGAUCUUUGUGUCAAAACGAAUUCCUCAGCGAUCAGUUCAAGUAUAAAGUGCCAUUGGAUCCCACCGCGGCCGCUGUGUACGUUCAAGGGUACACGGGAGACCCGAAAACGAUGGCGGAGUUUUGCGAGGAGAACGCGUUCCCGUGCGAAGACGCCGGGAAGAUUACUCUGAGUACCAUCGAUAUCAGCUCGGAUAAAAAAUAUUUCUGGGCCGGGCCGAUAUUUUCUAUCGGGUUCUUUUGCCUGAUGACCGCGAUAGGUUAUAGAGCGUUGUCGAAGAUUCGUAUUCAGCGCAACAUCGGGUCGUCGAGAACGUCGUCGAGUGAAAAGAAAAAAGACGGGGAAAAUGCCGAAGAAGUGAGCAUUUCAAUCUCGAAGGUUGACGCGGAGGCGUCGCAAAGAGCGUUAAGUUUUACUCCAAUGAGCAUCACGUGGGAAGAUUUGGAGUACACGGUAAAGGUUCCUGGAGAAGACGGUAAGCCGUUGUCCGGAUCGAAGAAAAUUUUGAACUCAGUCACCUCCGCGGCGCAACCGUCGAGAAUGUUAGCGCUCAUGGGUGCAUCUGGCGCUGGAAAAACGACGUUGUUAGACGUCAUCGCCGGGCGCAAGUCUGGCGGGGAAAUGAGAGGUACGAUUAAAUUGAACGGUCACGUGGUCAAGAAGGAAACGUUUGCGCGAUUAACCGCGUACUGCGAACAACAAGAUUUGCAUAACGCGUUUACAACCGUUAAAGAAGCUUUGGAAUUCUCCGCGACGCUCCGUUUGCCAUCGGACGUUUCCAAAGACGCUCGAAAAGCGGUCGUUGACGAAGCUUUGGAUAUCUUGGAGCUGAGAGGCAUCGAGAAUCGUUUAAUCGGCGUGGCGGGUUCGCCGAGUGGCUUAUCGCCCGGUCAACGCAAAGUCUUAACCGUUGGCGUCGAGUUGGUCUCGAACGCCCCGGUGUUCUUUUUGGAUGAACCGACGUCUGGUUUGGACUCGAGAGCGGCGUUGAUUGUCAUGCGCGAGGUGAAAAAAGUCGCCAAUCUUGGGCGGACGGUCAUCACCACGGUCCACCAACCGUCCAAGGAAAUUUUCAACUUGUUCGACGAUAUGUUGUUGUUACAAAGAGGCGGCUAUCAGGUCUAUUUCGGCCCGUGUGGCGUGAAUGGCAAAACAUUCGUUGACUAUUUGCAAAAGAUUCCAAACGCGCACGCGUUGCCGGACGGCAUGAACCCGGCGUCGUGGAUGUUGGACGUGUUGGGCGGCACCGACUCCUCAAACGCGGGCGAAAAAAGCGCGUUGAAGAAAUCGAAAUCAACCGCGGCGGGCAGUUUGCAACCGGCAAUGACGAUGAAACGCAGCGGUUCCGGGGGCGCCUUGAACGGCCUCCUUUUGGUCGAACGGUUCAAAGCCUCCCAGGAAGGCGCCGCCGGUACGCGCUUAGUCAAGGAAUUGUGCGCCAAAGGCGAAAAGUCGGAAAUGUUCGCCUUUGCCUCGCCGUACGCUCGAUCGUUCUUGGCGCAACUCAGAUGCCUCAUCCAACGCGCAUCCCUCGCGCACAACCGCGACGUCGCGUACAAUCUUGGGCGCAUUGGCAUUCUCUUUGUUCUCUACCUCCUCUUCGGGUUUGUCUACUUCGAUUUAGACGCGUCGAACGAAACCGGCGUCCAAGCGAUGGUCGGGGUCAUUUUCAUGACGUCCAUUUUCGCCGGUAUCAUCUUCAUGAACUCCGUCAUGCCCGUGCGCGUGAGAGAAAGAGCCGUGGCGUAUCGCGAACGCACCUCGUUCAUGUACGACGCCGUCCCAUACUCUCUAUCGCACGCGAUUUGCGAAGUCCCGUGGGUCUUACUGGUCACCUUUGUCACCGUCACCCCGCUCUACUUCAUGGUCGGCUUAGUCCCAACCUUCGAGCACUACAUCUUCCACGUUCUCAUGGUCUUCACCGUCUCAAUGGCAUUCAUGUCUUUAGGUCAGCUCAUUGCGUGUCUAUGCGCGACCAUCCAAACCGCGCAAGCUGGCGCGUCUGCCUUCAUCCCUAUCUGCUUCCUCUUCGGCGGUUUGUACCUCCCGUACCCGCAAAUUCCCGUCUAUUGGAAGUGGGCGUACUUCAUCGACCCGGUCGCGUACGCCAUCCAAGGUGUCACCGCCCCGCAAUUCGAACACCGAGGGUGUACCGGCGCGUACCCAGACGGCGACUGUCCAACCAUUCAAGCCUUCCGAGGCACGUAUUUCGAAACCGUCGACACGUUGGCGUACGUGGAAGAAAAAUACGACGUCCAACUCUCCCAAAAAUGGUACAUGUUGAUUUACGUCGCCAUUUUCGUUUUGUGCAUGCAAACGCUCCAUAUUAUCGCGUUCAAGUUUAAAAAAGUCGUCGCUCGAUAA